AUGAGGACGUAUAAAAGAAAAACUGAGCGUGGAAAAAUAUCUAAAGAGGUUUACGAAAAAGCAGCAGCUAUUUUGGAAGAGGACAAAACUAAAAAAAUUCGUGGUAUCGCAAAAGAUCUUGGUUUAUGUCAUAUGUCGCUAACAAGAUAUUUGAAGAAACGAAAAGAAGCAAAAGAGAAGGGCACACCUAUAGAAUCUCUCACAGUUGGCUACCAGAAGAAUAGACAAGUUUUCAACGAUGAACAAGAGCGCAUUUUGGUGAGUUACUUGAUUAAAAGCAGCCAAAUUUAUUACGGAUUGACGCCAAAAGAUGUCAGGCAACUAGCAUUUUCCUGUGCACUUAAGUACAAUAUUGUAAUGCCGCAAUCAUGGCUUGACAAUAAAGAAGCAGGAGUUGAUUGGCUGACAGCGUUUUUAAAACGGAACCAGUCUUUGUCUAUAAGAUCGCCAGAGGCUACUAGCCUAAGUAGGGCUACGUCAUUUAAUAAAACUAACGUCGAUAAUUUUUUUUCUAAGCUGGCAGACGUGUUGGAUAGAUAUAAAUUUUCUUUGUCACGCAUAUGGAAUGUAGAUGAGACUGGCGUGACAACGGUGCAGAAACCUAGAAAAGUUUUGGCUCCAAAAGGGUCCAAGCAAGUUGGUUCCAUUACGUCAGCGGAGAGAGGGACUCUUGUCACUCUUUGCAUAGCAGUAAAUGCAGUGGGAAACUCGAUACCAUGUAUGUUUAUUUUCCCACGAAUGAAAUAUAGGGACUACUUUGUUCGCGAUGGACCUCCAGGCUGCAUUGGCGCUGGCAACUCGAGUGGUUGGAUGACUGGGGGUGAAUUUAAAACAUUCAUGAAACAUUUCAUAGACAAUGUAAAACCAUCUCCAUCCAAUCCUGUGCUCUUAUUAUUGGAUAAUCAUUCUUCGCACUUGGAUAUUGAAGUCGUCGUAACAGCUAAAGAAAACAAUGUGGUAUUGCUGUCCUUCCCACCACAUUGCUCAUAA